CGUCAUCGUCUUCAAUAAAAAAAAGAUUCUCCUGGUGGCGGCGGUUGCACGGGUAGAUAUAAUCGAACGGGUCAUGCAAUACAAACUAGCGAGACCAGAGCAGAAUAUUUACAUCAUCGGAUGUACGGACUGAACCGCUCCCGCAUUGCACUAAAACAAUAAAAGCGUGUUAUAUGGCUCUUCUCCCAUCAAGGGAUGGUAUUUGGAUUAAAGGAGACUCAAGGGAAGUAGCCAGGGUUGAUGCCUGGCUAUCCUGCUUGUUAGCUACUAGCUAACUGAUGUUGCAUCGAUGGAAUUAUUCGAGUGCCAUUGAUUGAGAACCACCUAACAACACUGAAGGAGUACAGUACCGUUCAUGGAUAGUGGCUAGCUAGCCUUUACAGGAGUGUGAAUGACCAAGACCGAUAUGAAUAUUACUCAGUAUUGAAAUAUCUAACUAAAUACAUGUGACUUGGUAUUCAUCCAUUUCAAGCCAGCUAUCUCUCGGCUGGCUAGUUUUAUCGUCCGGCAUUUGGACGGGGGGCACGUUAAUUGGGCAGUGUGCGUCAGUAUGGCACAGCUUCUAGAAAGCGCCCGCAAACUGGGCUGGGUACUAGUCAACUCCUUCCUUCGCUUCGUCUUUGUGUUCAUCAACAACUGUGUAGCGAUCCCCUCCUAUUGCCUCUUCUGUAUUAUUCUUCAACCUCUGAGAAUAAUGGACAGCCGCAGUUUCUGGCUCAUUGAAGGAAUAAUGUUCAAAUGGAUGUUGGCGAUGGUGUCACAGUGGGGAUGGGUUGCGGGCUAUACAGUUAUGGAAUGGGGCGACGACGUAAGACCCCUCUCCGAAGAAGAAGCAAUGGUCAUCGUCAACCACCAAGCCACGGGGGAUGUGUGCACCCUGAUGAUGUGCCUCCAGGACAAGGGCACGGUGGUGCGGAAGAUGAUGUGGUUGAUGGACCACGUGUUCAAGUACACAAACUUUGGCCUGGUUUCUCUCAUCCACGGGGACUUCUUCAUCCGCCAGGGUAAAGCCUACCGGGACAAGCAGCUGAUUUACCUGAAGGACCACCUGGACCAGUACUACCACAGCCGCGACAGGAAGUGGAUCGUGCUCUUCCCGGAGGGCGGCUUCCUGCGCAAGCGGAGGGAAACCAGCCAGGCGUUCGCCAAGAAGAACUCACUGCCUCACCUCACGCAUGUGACCCUCCCCCGGCUGGGCGCCACCCAGGUGAUCCUGAAGACCCUGGGGCCGCAGCAGGAAAACGGCAUCCUGGGAAACGACGCCAGCAUGGCGUACCCUGGCCAGUCAGGCAGUAAACCCAGAGGACUCCAGUGGGUGGUGGAUGUGACCAUAGCCUACCCCAAAGCCAGACCCAUGGACAUACAGACCUGGAUCUUUGGCUACAGACCCCCCACCGUCACACAUGUACAUUACCGGGUUUAUCCCAUCAAGGAAGUUCCCUUGGAGACCAAGCCACUGACUGAUUGGCUGUACCACAGGUUUGUGGAGAAGGAGGAUCUACUUGCCCACUUCUACCAAACAGGAGCCUUCCCCCCACCAAAAGGUCAAAAAGAGGCCGUCUCCCGGCCGAUGACCCUGAACCACGUCCAGCUGUGUGUCAUCCAGUUCCUGGCCUUUGCCUCAGCCUACAUGUGGUACAGUGUUCUGCAGUACCUCUACUGCUGUCUGUUCUGAGCGCACUGAGGUGGUUCUGUACGAGUGGACCGGACCCUAUUGGCACUGCUCCUAGAUCCGUCGAGGGCGUGUCCUCCCCGACGCUGCCCCACCCCCCUGCGAUGGAUGAAUUUACAUUUUGCAAAAAGCGCGAGGGACUGGAAACAAACACUAUGUUGAAGGCUACUUUCCCCCCUGGAUACCUGAACACACACGCAGGCACACAGAGGCAAUUCACUGACCCAUACAUACAAACAUGAAUCACGUUUACACACUCCUUGGAUACACACAUGCCAAUCUUGCUGAUGGGUCUCAUUUCUCACGUACACUCCCAGACACACAUUUUUGUUUACACACGUCUUCAAACUGAACACACACGCGCACACACAUGGACAAGGAGGCGGCUCAGGGCUAAAACGGGCGUUGUCCUCAAGUUGACUCUCCCUGGUCUUCAGGAGUCGUUUUAGAGUGUGUGUUCUCCUUCAGCCCUCCUCCUGCUGGCCCUCCCCUAAGACCUGCUGAUUGGGCAGAGUGUUCCCUGUCAGAGGCUACCAGGUCUGUCUCCUGUCCGCUGGCCUUCAUUGCACUAAAAGGAUCCAUAACACCCCCGACCUUCCUACUCCAGGAAAUGUUCCUGAAUGGUAGCUGUUGUUUUUAUUUUAUUUGUUAUUUUUAUUUGCUCCCCCCUCGCCGCCGCCCCCCACCCCCAACAAUGGCCAUUCCAUUCAUUAUUGUUGUCGAUGUGGUCACUGUCUGUCAAUGUUGUUGUCUUGGAAACGUUGCUCUGUGUCGGUUUACUGGACGGUUCACCUGACUGAAGAGGAUACUCUUGUUUACACUGGCAACCCCCCCCCCCCCCACCUGACGGGGCGCUGGCAACGAGGGCUGUCUUUAGUUUGGACUGUUUCCAUAAUGUUGGGGCGAAGAGCGGUGGUUCUGGAACCAGGACCGGGAUGGAGGGCUGGGGAAGGAGAAGUGCCCAAGCGCUGAUGACGGAACACUGAUGGCACAUUGGGAGACCGCUGAUCCAGUACAGCCACCCUCCUGGCCCCUCCCCCCCGGGGAAACACAAAGAACUCUUUCAACACGGACGGCGAUGACGCAGGUUCCCAACAGCCCUCUCCACCUCUUGCCCUCACUUAUACACACACACGCACACACAGGGCUGUGGGGCAGCUACACUGAGCGGAGUGGAUCUCUGACCAUAUAGGAUCGCCUCGGCAAGCCAAAUGGAGGGCGGCGGACAAAGCUGACCCCAACCCCCCCUCCCACCC